ACAUAACAAUAUAUCAACGCUGAAUAGAAAUAAAUGUUUUGCGGUCAACUAUUAAUUCGAUUCGGAGUGAAAAGCGUUUUAAUUAAUUUCAUUUAAUUUUUGCCGUCCAGAUACUGUGUGCGGGUGUGAAAUAUCUACAGAUAUUUAUGUUCAAAUUCAUUUUUCCCACCUUUAAAAUCUGUAGUUGAUAUUAUUAAACUAAAAAUAAACAUUGAGUUUUUAUUUCCCACGGUAGAUUUAAUGUUUCCGUUUAUUUCCCUCAGCAAAAAUGAGUGUGAAAGCUAAAAUCUAAGCAGCGAAAUACAGGAAAUAUUAGUAUCUUACAUCGCUGGAUACAAAUCAUGAAGCUUUAUAUUCUGGUCUUAAUCAGUUUCGGCGUUCUCGAUACUCUGUCCAAUGCAGCAAUUGCGGCCAAAGGCGUGUCUGAGAAUAUGCCACUUCUGAAAACGAGAUAUCCUUCGUUGAUCAUGUACAGCAGCCAUGUAGAUAAGGUAGCAAUAAGCCAGUUAUUGCAGGACCAAAUCCUUCGAAUAGAGAUAGCUGAAGAUCAGGCAACGCGAGCAAAAUCAAAGACCGAGCAAAUGUUAGAAGGAAUCAUGAGGAACCCAGGAAAGUAUCUCUGCCACGUCAAUAAGAUUUUAGAUGAUUUGAUAGAUAUCCAAAAAGGAAGAGCCGGUUCGAGGCUGUGCCUUAACUCUACCUUCGACACGCUCUACCCCUCUCUAAGACAAAUUCGAUAUCUCCGCAGCGAAUUUAAGGAGUCAAUGACAAGUGCCCUUGACACUCUUCUUGGGUGUCCAGAUUCUUACUUGCAAAAGACUUGCAUCAACCAAUAUGAAAUGAAAACACAGAUCCAACUGAACUCUGUAACGAAAAAUUUAAAUAAAGUUGGCGAAACACUCGAUGAGGAUUUCAAAUAUUUGGAAAACUAUUUCCCAAGUUGUAUCAAGGAAACGAAUUUUGAAAAGAAGCAUUUACAGCCCAAGGAGAAUCUUGUCUUAUUUUUUACAUCCUUGAUAUAA